GUCCGCCACUCAGUGUUCCUUGGACCGCCCGUGAGAGCAGGCUGUACUCUCUGCGCGCACCGGGUGACUUUAACACGCGUUCCCGCAUCCUUUUUUUUAUACGUGGAUAUUCUAACGUAAAACGAGAUAACUCAUGACGAUUCUGAUUCAAGUGACUGUAUUCUUCUUCUGUGUGUGUGUCAUGCUUCAAGGUGCCGUAUUGUAGUAGCUUUUUUGCGAGGGGUUUGUAUCUAGGGGCGUUAAGUUAGGAAACUAGGAUAUAACAAGUGAUCACUAUGGCGACUGAUAUGUUGCUAGUAUUUCUGCUGGGGUUAGCGAGAUGCUCCUCAGGCUUCAACAUCGACAUUGGCAACCAUGUUACACAUUUCGGAACGCAGAAGGGAUCCAUGUUCGGCUUUGCCGUUGCUCAACAUAAGGACAGAGGACAGAGUCGCAUCGCUUCAGACAGGAGGUCAUCUUCACGGGCGAGGUCAACCGAGGUCGCUUCGGUCUCUCUCUCACAGGUCUCGGAGACAUCAACAAGGACGGCAUUGCUGACUUGGCUGUUGGUGCUCCUUAUGGUGGACCAGAUGGUAAUGGGGCAGUGUUCAUCUACCAUGGCUUUGUUAUCCGUAGUGGUGAACCCAUCUCCGAAGAUAAUAAGAAGCCCUCUCAGGUGAUAUAUGCCAAGGAGGUGUCCCGUGGGCCCAGUAUUUCGACUUUUGGAUGGUCUCUCUCAGGAGGGUUGGACAUGGACGAGAACCAGUACCCAGACCUCCUGGUGGGCGCCUACCUCUCCGACUCUGCUGUCCUCCUCAAGUCCCGCCCAGUCGUGAAUCUGAUGAACCAUAGUCUCACCUUCAUGUCGGAGGGAAAGACAAUCGACAUUGAAUCUGCCGCAAGCCUUGAGGCGGGCUGUCGUACUCAGAAUGGGAGGCCUGUCACCUGUGUUCCCCUUGAGUUUUGUCUAGGCUAUGAAGGCCUGGGAGUUCCCGAUGAAAUUGAAUUGGAUGUGGAGUACACACUAGAUGGAAAAGUAACUACACCUCGCAUCUUCUUCCUCAACAAUGAUCAGACGAACAUGAAAGAGAGGCUUCAACUUGAGACACAAAUCCCAAUCUGCAGACAGCAUCAAGUCUAUGUUGCACCGACCCUCACAGACAAACUGACUCCCAUCGGAGCUGAGGUUAAAUACAGCCUCGUGGAACCCAAGUACCGGGCCCCUCGCUCCCUCACACCCAUACUCAACCAGCGUCAGCGACUAGCCCUUUCAGACUCAAUCACCAUCCAGAAGAACUGUGGUGACGACAAUAUUUGCAUCCCUGACCUCGUCCUCACCUUCACUGCGCCAGACACCUUCAUCUUCCGGAAGAAAGAGCAGUUGGAGGUAGAUGUGCGAGUGGUUAAUCAUGCUGAAGAUGCCUUUGAGGCCCGGGUGUACAUCCCCAUUCCAACUGGCCUCCUGUACAAUACCUUUACUGCCAAGGAUAACACCUCUGUCACCUGUUCACCCCGUACCAUGGGCGCCAACACCACCCUUAUUUGUGACAUCGGGAAUCCACUACAAAUGCAUAAGGGAGUGCACUUUAUAGUGCUAUUUCAGCAGAAGUCUGGAUCACUGGAAGAUCCCCGCUUCGAGUUCCUGGUGACAGCCAACAGCACCAACAAUGAGGUGCCUCGUUCUCGCAAUGACAACAUUGCCCGCAAAGUUGUUCUUGUUGAUGUGGACACCAAUCUCAUUCUUUAUGGGUCAUCGUCACCGGAGAACAUUGAGUAUAACCAAACCUUGUACCGCUCUGAAGGAUACACCCACGAAGAACAUCUAGGCCCAGAAAUUAUGCACACAUACGGAAUUUCCAAUAAUGGCCCUUCUGAGAUCCUGAAAGCCGAAAUUGUCAUCUUGUGGCCCACCAUGACCCUCACCGGUAACUAUCUAUUGUACCUCCUGGAGCAACCCCGAGUCACUGGUCCCAUCAACUGCUCUUUUGUUCCUGAUGUCAACCCUCUCAACCUCAGGCUGAACAAGAAAGACAUGAACAUGGAAUUACUAAAGCUUGAGAGCAAGGAGAAGUCACGAGGUGUGGUGACUGAGGAGAGCUACACAGGAAGCUCGUCCUCUGACGGCGACAGAGCAGCUUCCGGGGGUUCGUCUUACUAUGAGGGCUCUACAGAAGCUACCUAUUACUCCAAUGCUGGCAACUCGUCACAUUCCUCGUCUUCAUCGUCUUCAUCGUCAUCAUCGACGUCAUACACCUACUCUUCCUCCUCUUCAUCCAGCGGUAAAAGCUUUAGCUCCUCUUCAGGAGAUAAUAGCCUCACAAAGAGAGAAAAAAGACAAACAAAAGAAAAGUCAACCUGGGAAUCUGAGACAACUAAUUGUGGUCCAACCAAAUGUGCGAGGAUCCACUGCGUGGCUGGACCAGUUGUGGAGGACGGCAUCCUCUACAUCGCUGUUCGCUCCAGGCUUAUGGUCUCCACACUUGCCAAGUACCCCUAUGAGGACUUAAGCAUCACCAGCAGGAUGGUUGCCAGAGUUGUGUCCCUGCCCCAUGGAGUCAGUCCCACAUACCUUACCAUACGAGAUCUGGAUGUGACAACACCCGUAUCUCCAGCCAAAUCUCUGGAUGAGGCUCCGCAGGUGCCAUGGUGGGUCAUUGUCCUGGCCACCCUUGCUGGAAUCCUUAUCCUCCUCAUUAUCAUCCUCAUCCUGUGGAAGUGUGGCUACUUCAAGAGACACAGACCAGAGCAGCGGCGCGGGCAUUCAGAGGACUCGCAACCACUCAACCCUCCAGGUGACCGCAGCAAGCACAAUGGGGUCAAUGGCCACAACUACAGUCCCUUCACACGUCCAUAUUAUCCUGGAGACGAAGCCUUAUGAUUUAUUUAAUUUUAUGUUUAGAGAAAAAUGGGAAAUUGACUAGAAAUAUUUUUUGAACUUGCAAAGUUUUAUAUUUCAUAGCAGAUUUACACCAUGCUUUUUGUUGUUUGUAAUAAAAGGGAUAAUUACAUUACUGAACAUUUAAGUAAUAUAUGGUAUGAUCAUAUCUAUGCAAGGUGUGGAAUUUGAUUGAUGAUAUGAAGAUAAUGAAAUAUGAUCAUAUUUAAAUAGUACCUUUUUGCAUCACAAAGAAAACUUUGUUGUUUUUACUACAUGGUGCAUAACACGUGACGUAAACGAGAAUUUAAUCUCAAUCCUCACUUUAUUGUAUGGGAAAUACUGUACAGGCCUUAGGUAUUAUGCAAGAACUAUCAUUCUGAUAUUUCAGAUAACUUCCUAUUUCAUGGCUACCUUCACAGAUGUCAUUUUGGAGUUUAGAUCUCAUUUCAUCUCUGAUGGGGAAGUGCCAAACUGAAGUAUGUAUGACAAAUCAUUAACUUAGAUUAACAUAUUUGUGAUACCCUUUGAGAUUAACACACAUGUGAUAUCAUUCGAGAUUAAAAUAAAAGAUACUCGUAUA